UGCCAAUAGUCCACACAGUGGUGAGGGACAUCAGAGCUGGGCCUUGACUGGCCUCCUCAGAGAAGCAAGGGGCUGAACUCUCUGCUGGGAGAGCAAUUGCAAAGAUUCCAGCCUUAAGGGGCCACGUGAAGCUCAGAAGACCAAGGACACACGGUUCCUGGACGGAAGUGAUGUUUCUGGCCCGGUGCCUGCAGCUAGAGACCAAUGUGAAACCCAUUGUUUGAGGUUAGAGCUGGUGGGGGCCACGGGAAGCCCCCAGUAAUGCCCUGCGCCCCACUUACUGCAGCCUCAGAACCCUGAGUGAGAACUGCGCCAGUGGACAGAACAUCCCUGCACCAGGAUGAAACCUCUCAGCGCUGUCCUCCUGAUAUUGCUACUAAUUGGACAGCCAGGGAGCAGGUGGGCACGAGAAGAAGGUGGCGCUGUGAACUUGGGGCCAGAGAGAGACAUCUUCGGUGACGACGACGACGAUGAUGAUAAUGACGACGAUGACGAGGAAGAGGAAGAAGAGGAGACCAACAUGAUCCCUGGAAGCAGGGACAGAGUGCCCCUACAGUGCUACUUCUGCCAGGUGCUUCACACUGGGGAGAACUGCAACCAGAUACAGAACUGCUCCCACAGCGAGGCUUUCUGCACCACACUCAUCUCCCAUAGCAACACUGACAAAGGUCUCCUGGUUACCCACUCCAUGUGGUGUGCUGACACCUGCCGACCCAUCAUCAAGACAGUGGAAGGCACCCAGGUGACCCAGACCUGUUGCCAGUCCACACUGUGCAAUAUUCUACCUUGGCAGAGCCCCCAAAUCCAGAACCCUCUGGGUGGCCGGGCAAACAGACCCCUGGAUGGUGGGGCCAGACAUCCUCAAGGUGGCAGUGCAGGCAGCCCUCUGGAUGGUGGGGCCAGACAUCCUCAAGGUGGCAGAGUUGACCAGCCCCAGGUUGUCAAGGCUGCCCGUCCUCGUCCUCGGAGUGAUGGGGCUAGCUUACCCAAGGGUGGCAAGGCUAAUUGGCCCCAGGGUAGUGGGGCAGGAUGCCCUUCAGGCUGGACCAAAUUUGGUAAUACAGCCCUCCUGCUCAGCUUCCUCACUAGUCUAUGGGCAUCGGGGGCCUGAAGACUGGUCCUCCUCCUACCAGGACCCCCCAGGCCUCCCUUCCCCCACAACCAGCUUCAGAGAAUAAACUUGAAUGUCUUUUGCAAUCUAGCCAGUUGCAGUCCUCUGGCCAUUGUCUGUCCUCAGUUUCACCCUCAGGCCUCCUUGUCGUCUUUCCACUGCCCAUGGGCAGCAGCAUAGGUUAACAUGUCUGCCUCAGAUCCAGUUGUCUGUUGCCAGUGUUCUGGGGACGUUUAGCCUUCAGGGACCCCAUCUGCCCAGCUGCACAGAGAAAAUGACAAGCUGCGUCAUGAAUUUGUCAGCCUGCAAGUUUUCCCCAGAGCCAUCUAGAUAAAAUCAACCCUUUCAUGGGCGUGAGGUACAGGGUGAGCCUACAGCGGCCUGGAGGGAGGAGGUGUUGGAGGGAGACCAGGAAAGUUGCAAGGGUGAGGUGCACCGACUACAGCUAAGGAAUG